AUCAUCAGUGACAACCACCACCACCUAGACUGUUCCCCCUGCUGCCCUCUGGGAAGAGGCUUCACAGCAUUCAAUGCAGGACCAGCAGCAGGCUGAUGGAACCUCCCUCCAAGAAAGAGCUGCUUCCACUCAUGAGGCGUCCAGACGAGUGGAAGGACCCAUGGCGACGGUCCAAAUCUCCCAGGAGACGUGGCGGCCUGGGAUCGCCACCACGAGGGCGCCGCCGCCAUCGCCCAUCAGGCUCCUCUGUCUCCCUGUCCAACUCCUCCAGGUCUUCGUCGCGCUCUUCGUCCUACACAGGCUCAGGCUCGUCCCGUUCCCGCAGCCGCUCGUCUUCAUACAGCUCCUACUCCAGCCACUCCUCUCAGCACAGCUCCUUCAGCGGCAGCCGCUCCAGAUCUCGAUCAUUUUCCUCCUCGCCCUCACCGAGUCCAGCUCCUCAGAGGAUUGCCAAGAACAAACCGGACCCCCCACCUGUGGCAGCAAAGGGCAUGCCUCCAAAGCCAGGUGUGGCCCCCCCUCCCCGCAGGGAAAAGCCUCCCCUCAAAAAGGCUCCCAGUCCUCCACAGCCUGGAGGACCUCCUAGCAAACCCUUUAAACCCCCAACAGAGGGAGGGAAGCCUCCUACCAACCCCAGGGAGACGGGUGGUGCGUCUGAUGGGCCAGGAGCUGGACCUCCGCCUCCGCGGGAACCUGGAAGACCUCCAAACCCCAGGGAGGGUAGGCAGAGGGAGCGACAGCAGCAUCCGCCUCGCAGGAGGACGGUGAGCGGGAGCGUCAGCGGCAGCAGUUAUACGGGUUCCAGCUCCAGGUCCAGAUCCUCGUCCAACUCGCUGUCAGCCUCGCCCUCCAGGUCUCGCUCGCACACCGGCUCCAGGAAAUCCAGGAAGUCCAGGUCACUGAGCGUCAGCAGCGUGUCCUCGGUGUCCUCGGCAUCAUCCAGCAGCAGCUCGGUGCGCAGCGCCGACUCUGACGACAUGUACGCCGACCUGGCCAGCCCGGUGUCAUCUGCAAGCUCUCGCUCGCCAACGCCAAAUCACCCUCGCAGAGAGCGGGGGCCCCCGCGGGACCGGUCCCCACCGGGUCGGGAGAAGAUCAGGGAAAGGCCGUCAAAGAAAGAGGAACAUUUCAGGGACGAUCGCAGGAAGGUUGACCCUUCCGGAGGUCCGCCCAGAGGAAGCAACGCCAUCCCUCGAUCAGGACCCAGCAACAGGGGGGGGCAUCCUGCUCAUCCUCGCCCCGGCACCAUGGGGCCCCCUGGAAGCUACGGAGGUUCAGGCUCUCACAAAGACAUCAAGCUGACCCUCCUCAACAAGCAUCAGGGAGAGAGAGGCAGCAGGAAGAGGUACCUGCCCUCAGAUAAGGACCGGCCCGGUUCUCCAGCCAGCAAGAGGAUGGCCAUGUCCCCAGACCGAGGCCGUGAUAAAAGGAACCCUGGCCGACCUCCCAUGUCCCCCCAGAUGGAGCGGCCCAGAGGGCAAGGGCCGCGCCCCCCCCUCUCACAGGGAGACAGGAAACGCCCUCUGUCUCCUCCUUCAAAGUCAUCUGGGAAAGGCCCCGCUGCGCCGUCCAGCAAGCCGGCCUCCCUUGCCUCGGCCCCGCCGGCUGGUUCUGGUUCCGGUUCCGGCAAAGCAAGCAGCACUCUUUCCCGUCGCGAGGAGCUGCUGAAGCAGCUUAAGGCCGUGGAGGACGCCAUCGCCAGGAAGCGAGCAAAGAUCCCCACCAAAUAAGGAGGGGGCGGAGCUUCUGCUCUGGUUCUCCCAGCUGACCCGCUGGCCUCAGCCCCAGCCUGAGGAACCAAACGUGGACCAGAACUUUAAGGGAGCUGCUCUGCGCAUCUCUGUUCCUCUUCAUCAGCCUGUUCUCUGGUUUUUCUUCAACGCUCUGCAGCUUUUCCUUCUCAGAAGCUCAUCAGAUGAUUUCCUGUUUGAAUAAAGAUCAAAAGGAUGUGAAGUUUUGUUUUUUUUAUAAUCUUCCAGAGUGAUAAAACAGUUUUCUUUAUUUGGUGUCACUUUUAGCUGCAGGUGAAACGGAGAUGUGUAGAGAUGAACGUUGUCUUGCUUUGUCACAAAAGACUUUAAAUAAACUAUUUUAAUAAACAGAAGCUCUCUGACUGUUUCCUU